GUGGCUGCAAGAGCGGGUUCUUCGGUGGUCUCGGCAGUCUUGGCUUGGAUGGGAAUGACUCCAGGCCUGCUGGCGAUGAGGCUCUCAAAGCUCUUGCUAUACGAAACAUGAUGCUUUUAUGUGUGUGUCCUUGCGGUGCGUUGCAACGACAUUCACCAACUCCGCAGACGUCAUGGACGGGCAGGGAAGCGCUGCGUACGCGGCUAUCGGCCUCGGUCUCGCAGGCACAAUCGCCUCGACAAUCGCCUCGACACUCUCCUCUGUACCGGUCACCUACCUCCAGCUUAUCAAUCGCGCCCCAGCUCGCGCUAAUGCACAAAUUGAAAACGCGUCCAUCAAUGAAAAGGAGCUACAGACCACGUCGGCGCAGCUCGUAGGCCCGCAGGACGGUCUCAUUAAAGUCAUGCAGAAUAUAUUGAAGCUCGAAGGAGGACCCAAAGCAUUCAUCAAGGGAUUGCUACCGACUGUUCUCGGAGGCUUGGUCGCAGCGGGCGUCACUGUUCUGCCACUGGCCGUGCUUGAGCAAAACAUCUUUGAACGACACAAUACACGGCGUUGGCUGCUCUUGACUUCAGGUAUACGCCUAUUCUUGAUGCUGGGCAUACAAUCAGCCGUAGUCACACCCUUCGAGAUUCUCAAUGUCCGGCUGAUGCUGCAAUCAGUGACGCGGACGUUGAAGCAAGAGGCAAAGUAUCUCUGGCUACGGCUCGGCUAUACAGAAUGGUUCAGCAGUGCUGUGCUGGGCCCGACGCUACUCAGUAAUGCCAUCUGUGUUGUCAUUGGCCUCGUGACGCAGCUUGCGACAGGUAUGCCGAGUCAAGUGCUCAGAACAGGUCGCACUGAAGUACUGGCAGCGAUCAUCUCGACUGUGGCUGUUCAUGUCUUGACCUAUCCUGUUCUUCGUGCACGCAACUUGGCUGCUGCUACACUGCGUCCUCUCGAGGAGCCUGUGAUUCCUGUUGCAACAUAUGGCGGUCUUGGCGAUGAAAUUGUACGGGAUGAGGCAUGGCAGGGUUUUGUGCCAGUCAUGCAAGUCCUGCUGUUUACGAAGCUCCCAGUCUUGCUUCUGCAGCUGGCUCAGGGUAUGCCUUCUUCUACUUUCUAGUUAUGAUCUGUUCUACUGUCUAUAGCCUGAUCAGCCGUCUUAUGAGCUUGUGCUACUUGCUUUGUGUCUCCUUUGUCCAA